ACUCACAUAUUAGUAUUUGCUUACGUACAUUGAAUCUUGAAAGCACUAAUGUGCAGCAAAAAACUUUAAAAGAAAAAAAAAUUUUGUUGGCCAAAAAGCCUGAUGGUCGGUUUGCUUCAGCAGAUCUUGCUAGUUUUUAACAGCCCCAUCUUUCCUUUUCCUUCCUUGUGUAAAAAAGGACAUUGAAAAUUAGUUGAGAAUUUGAAAGAAGAAAUGGAAGAACAAUCAGAAAUGGUAGGAAGAGCAUUUGUGGAUCACUACUACAAUCUCUUUGACAAUGAUCGAUCGUCGAUUGGUACUCUGUAUCAACCAAGUUCAAUGCUCUCAUUUGAGGGCCAAAAGUUGCAGGGAAGUGAAGAUAUAUCUGCUAAGCUUAAUGCAUUGCCCUUUGGACAAUGCAGGCAUGCGAUUAGCACCAUUGAUUCUCAACCUUCGUCCUUUUCCGGAGGGAUCAUAGUCUUUGUCAGUGGUAGCAUUCAACUUCUUGGAGAGGACUAUCCCCUGAGGUUCAGCCAGAUGUUUCACUUGAUCCCAACUAUGGAAGGAAGUUUCUUUGUGCAGAAUGACAUAUUUCGCCUCAACUAUGGCUAGUUCAGCGUUUGUAUGGAUAAAAUGUUAAUCAAGAUAAAAGAAAACCAGUGUUAAUGUGAAGGAAAUGUUGAAGAGAGAAAAUCGUUUGCUGUCAUUUGAAUUGAUGUGGUGCUUCCUUAACAAUGGAAUUGGAGCAUCACAUUGUUGAUUUGCUUAUCGCUUUUGUAAUAUCAGAUGUCAUUUAUUCUAUUUGCAACCACUUCAAGUUUGUCUUUUACCUUCAUAUUCUGGGCAAAAUUAAAGCAUGGAGUCAUUUCCUACAAGACUACUAUAAUUUGAUUGACCCUUUUUUUUAAAAAGAAAGAAAAAGUAGUGGAUCACAGAUGCAUAUAUUGGAUAAAGAAUUUGCAGUUGAGUAUCAA